ACAAGUGGUUCACGUGGAUACGUUGUUCCGUGCAAUUUCGUCCGAAAAAUGAAGAUAUCGUUGUAUUUUGUAACGGCAUUCGUAGUUUUAAUAACGCGUACCGAGAGUGCAAAGAUACUGGCUACCAUUUUCACUCCGUCCUACAGCCAUCAGGUAACCUUUCGGUCGCUAUGGAGGGAACUGGCGAAGCGAGGACACGAGAUAGUCCUCCUUACGACGGACCCGAUGCGGGAGCCGGAGCUGAAUAACCUCAAAGAGAUCGAUCUGAAGGGAUCUUACGAGGUGAUGGAGCAACACGGCGCUUCUGAGGUGAUCAGCAAUGCGCGGGGUAGAGGUAACAAGGAACUCUUGGAUACGUACAUGACGGCUUUGAGUAAGACUGCGGAUUGGCAGCUGAGUCAGCCGGAAGUUCAGGAUCUUAUAAGGAACGAGAGCGAGCACUUUGAUCUUAUCAUGGUUGAGAUGAUGUUCCCCACGCAUCUGGGGUUCGUCGACAGGUUUAAAGCGCCUUACAUUGGUAUCUUUUCUCUCGACGCCAUAUCAAGGGUGCACAGGGCUAUAGGGAACUUCAUGCACCCUGUCGUAUACCCGGAUUACGUCUUUCCAUUCAGGAAAAAUCUAAGUUUCCUCGAAAGACUCGUGAGCACCGUUAUCGGCGGUCUACUGGAGCACGUCUACUCCUAUUACUUCUAUAGGAAGGAGGAUGAAACUGUAAAGAAACAUUUUGGUAGCAAUGUUAGACUUCUCAGUCAGAUCGAGAAAGAUGUUGAUAUGAUAUUUAUCAACGUCAAUCCUCUGUUCCAUCAGUUAAGGCCUGCAGGACCUAAUACUGUGCAAAUCGGAGGGGGCACGCAUUUAAGGGAACCCCAACUGCUGCCAGAGAACAUUCAAGAAUUCAUGGAUUCUGCGAAUAAGGGGGUAAUAUACUUCAGUUUGGGGUCCACUAUGAAAAGUUAUUUAAUCAGCGACGAGUUGAAAAGUAUCAUCCUGAACACGUUAGCCGAUUUGCCCUAUAUGGUUAUAUGGAAGUUUGAAAAGGAAGAUUUACCGGAAAAACCAAAUAACGUGAAAAUUAUGGAGUGGGUGCCGCAGCAGGACCUUCUCCAGCAUCCCAAUGUCGUUUUAUUUAUAACGCAGUGCGGUCUUCAGUCAAUUGAGGAAUCCAUAUUCAGUCACGUGGCCAUGGUAGGAAUGCCGUUUUUUGGCGAUCAGUCUAGGAAUUGUAGGAUAAUGAAAGAAAAUGGCUUGGGCUUAGUGGUGGACAGGAAAAAUCUAACCAAGGAGGCCUUCCGUGAAGCCAUUACCGAAGUUAUAAAUGAACCGAUUUAUCGAAAGCGAGUGAGAGAAGUGGCCGAGUUGACCAAAGACGUAGAAAUGACGGGUUUGGAAAAAGCGGUCUGGUGGACAGAAUACGCGAUAAGAACGCGAGGAGCUAAACAUUUGAGAAACCCCAUCGUGGACUUACCUUUUUAUAAAGUUUACUUGUUGGAUGUAAUAGGAUUUCUCUUAGUUAUUAUUGCAAUAUAUUUAUACGUCAUUGUAAAAUCUGUAAAAUUUAUAUUUAGGCUUAUCUUUUCCAAGAAUGAUCAUAAAAUAAAAAAAAGUAUACACUCAAGGAUAAAGCCGAAGUUAUCUAUUCAGCUCUUAAAAUCAUUUAUCUCUAGCGAUAUGAUUUCACUCCCGGUAAAUCUAAGCCCGAGCAGAUCAGUACCGACCCAAGCUAUGGGCGUCGUCUUAUUGCUUGUCUUUGCGGUCGUUCCCAUCCUGAUGCAAACGGAAUGUGCCAGGAUUCUGGGAAUAAUACCUACCGCCAGCUACAGCCACCAGGCACCCUUCCAGCCCUUCUGGCGGCAGCUCUCUUUGCGAGGCCACCAAGUGACGGUGAUGACCACCAACCCAGCGAAUGACCCCUCGCUGACGAAUCUAACGGAGAUCGACCUUAGUUUCACCUACGAAAUAUACAGCAAGUACAAUUUUACGGAGUUCGUGAGCGACGACACCAACAGCUUCUUGAAGAUAGCGCAAACGAUGAAAACGAUGCUCAACGAAGCUGGCGACUUUCAGUUUGGACACCCCCAGGUGCAGAACCUCAUACACAACAAAGGAGUGACAUUCGAUCUGGUGAUCGUAGAAGCGCAAUUGCCCGCGAUGAUGUCGUUCAGUUGGAGGUUUAACUGUCCCAUGAUAGGGAUCGCGUCGUUGGACUCGGGAAUGCAGUAUCACCUGGCUAUGGGCAACCCGACGCAUCCCAUAGUGAAUCCCGACCUCAACCUGCCCGUGGAAGAUGCGGAAGACAUGACUUUCAAGGAGCGGAUGUCGAGUUUCGUUUACCAUUUCGGUUAUACGCGCUAUCUCUACGACCACGCGUAUCCAAACCUCCAGGUUAAACUGAGGACUAUAUUCGGUGAGGAUUUGCCCGACUUACUACAACUCCACGACAACAUGGCGAUGCUCUUCAUAAACACUCACCCCAUCUUUCACAGUAUCAGGCCUUUGAAUCCUAACACUAUUCCUAUAGGCGGUGGGAUCCAUCUGAGGAAACCAGAGCCCUUAGCUGAGGAGAUUCAAAGUCAACUGGACAACGCUAAAGAAGGGGCGAUAUAUGUCAGUUUUGGCACAAACGUGAAUGCACGAAUGGCGAACAGCGUAAUUACGGUAAUACUGGAAGCACUGGGAGAACUGCCUUACAGAGUGCUGCUGAAGGCCGAUUUAAAACUAGAAAAGACACCAAGGAACGUUGUCACACACAAGUGGCUACCGCAACAAGACAUAUUAAGACAUCCUAACUUGAAGUUGUUUGUUACCCAAGGAGGGCUACAAUCCCUCCAGGAGGCGGUGUACAACGCCGUACCUUUGGUCGGCAUACCGUUCCUAGGCGAUCAGAUCGCGAACGUCAAUAGGAUGGUUAAGAAAGGCUACGGUCUCAAAUUGAACAAAAACGAUGUAACCAGAGAAUCUAUCAAACGCGUCGUACUGGAAGUCAUGAAUAAUCCAAAGUAUAGCGAAAAAGUUCGAGAACUGAGCGCGAUCUACAGAGAAGAGGAAAUGCCGAGCUUGGAAAAAGCGAUAUGGUGGACGGAGUACGUCAUCAGGCAUAAAGGAGGUCGCCAUCUGAGAAGCGUCGCGGUGGAUAUGCCGUCUUGGAAGUACUUCAUGUUGGACGUCAUAGGAUUCUUGCUUUCAGUUCUAGUUUUGUUUACUUUCACGUGCUACAGGAUCACCAAGUACGUUUCUAGGUUAUGUGUGAAAGCUAAUUCCAAGCUCAAAGUUCAAUAAAAAAAAUGUGCCUAAAAAUUUUAACCACGCACCAAAAUCAACAACUUUUGUCUAAUAACUUUUCUCGAAAACCGCGUAGUUUCUAAGAUACAUAAUACAUAUAUUUUUUUUAA